UUUUGGAACUAUUAAAUUUCCAAACAAAUAUAAAUAGCUUAUAUUAAGAAAAAUAAAUCAUUCUGGCGAGUAAUAUUGAUAAAAUGGACGCAGUUGGUGCUGAAGUGGGCCAAAAAAUGAGGUCAGCAAUUAAGGCCAAACUGACCGAACUUGAGUGUUACGUAGAUGAUGAAUUACCAGAUUACAUUAUGGUAAUGGUGGCAAAUAAGAGGUCAAAAUCUCAGAUGAAUGAAGACUUAACAUUGUUUCUAAACAACAAAACGUCCACUUUUGUUGAUUGGCUACAUAUUGUCCUCAAAAAACUUAAGGAAGUUACUGUCACUAAUCCAGAAGUGUACAAAAAAGCAAUUAAAAGAAAAACAAGUACUGAGGAUGAACUGAAAGUGAAAAAAGAGAAGAAAGACAAACCAAAAAAACCUGCAGAAGUAAAAAAGGAACCGAGAUCAUUGACUGAUGAUUUGCCCAUUAACAUCAACCGCAUGUCAGAGUCCAGAAAAAUAGUUGUGACAAAAGACAACAGUGAUGGAUUUGACAUACCUUUGUUGAGUGAGGCAAAGAAGCUGGAAGAAAUUGAAGAUAGGAUCAAGACUGUGAAAAAAAGACUGGGUGGAAUUGUCAACAGUGAUGAUGAUGAGGAGAGCCUGCAACAAAAAGCUGACAAACUAAAAGCUAAAAGAAUAGUUAUAGAGUCUAAAAAUGGUGACAAAUCAGAUGUUAACAAAACCGACGACCAAAAAGAGUCAAGAAAGCUUGAAAGAAAACGAAUAACCUUCCCAGAUGAAGACACAAAAACGUCGUCAAAAGGAUCAGCCUUAAAUCGACUAGGAAAACGUUCAUCAGAUCGAAAGGACGAACCAUUGGACAAAAAACGAAGGCUACCUGACGUACGGUCGCAGAUUAAUAAGAAUAGAAAUGAUGGUCGGAAGAAAAACUUUCAGAAAGAAGGUAUUUUAAGUAGGUUGGGUGUGAUGUCAAAGGUUUCUGUACCUGAAAAACCUUUAGAUGAAAGGGUGGAGAUGAAGGAAGUCAGAAGUAUGAUCACAGUUAAACCAAGAAGUAUUCCUCCAAAUGCACAACUGGCCAACAAAAAUCUUAUUUUAAAAGCUGUCGCAGAUGCCCAACGAAGCAUUGCUCAAGCUCCAGUUGUUGGCAUCAACUCUAAUCCGAGCGCAUUGUACACGAAAAACUACCUGAAACAAAAAGAAAAGCCGACCGUGGCAAAAGUAGCAGCCCAGUCAAAAAACAAGUUAAAAAACAUGCUCGAAUCCAUAAGCGAAAACAGGUUACAGUAUUCUGAUUCUGACGGGGAGGAAUACGUACCCAAGCCAGUCAACAAGUCCCCUUACACAUCACCAAGUUACACUCCGACCUCGGCCACCUCCCCAAGUUACACUCCCACUUCCCCAACGUUCGUCGUCAACCUUAAUAAAUCCUAUCAAGAGGUACGAUCCGGCAAGAUUUCCCCAAUAAUUUUCGACCCAUCCACUCCUGUUUCCACAUCAAAGCCGAUGCCUAACGUGCCGGACACAUUACCGAAGGUGGCGAUCGCCAAGAAAAAGGAGCCGUGCAAGUACUACCCGAACUGCAAGUGGGGCGACAAGUGCGAGUACACGCACGUGAGGAAAAGCUGCGAAAUGUUCCCGUACUGCAGCUUCGGCGAGAGCUGCAUGUACACACAUCCGUCGUGCAAGUUUGGCGUAUCUUGCACCAAGAGGGACUGCCCAUACAGUCAUGGCAGGGGUAAAACGGAGUUUGCGAAGCUGUGCAAGUUCGGCAAGUUCUGUAAGAACGCCGACUGCAAAUUCGGGCACACAUUCAUAGGCCCGAACCGCAAGCUCAAGUCGUAAAUGUAUAUUAUAUGUUGCGUUACAUUUAAGUGUAAAUACUGUUAAGUGGAAUGUAACACUCUAAUUAUAAUUAUUUAUUAUUUUUAGUACCAUCAAGUAAAAAUUAUAGAAUUGUUAUUUUCAACGAGUUUUAUCCAUUGUUUUAUUUGUAAAUACGGCUUUAUUAGAAUGUAAUUCAUUGAUUAUAGUAAAUAUAAUUUUUAUUAA